AUGCGAAAGGUUUAUCGAAGAUCAAUCGCUCGCUACACUCUACCUCGCUUAUCGACCACUUCGGCCCCUGUCUCCCCGUUGUUGAUGUCAAAUUGUCAUCGACUGGAAGGAAAAGUCGCCAUUGUAACAGCUGCCACUAAAGGGAUAGGGCUAGCAAUCGCCGAACGUCUUGGUCUCGAAGGUGCAGCUCUAGUAAUUUGCAGUCGGAAUCAGAAAAAUGUUGAUGAGGCCGUGCAGUAUCUUAGAUCCAAACAUAUUGCUAAGGUAGAUGGAGUCGCAUGUCACGUGGCCAACAGUGAGCAUCAACUAAAACUCAUUGAGUUUACAAUCCAGAAGUUUGGCAAGAUUGAUAUUCUGAUCAAUAACCAUGGAAUCAACCCUGCAUUUGGACAUAUAUUGGAAGUGGACGAGAAAAUUUGGGAUAAACUGUUUGAGGUGAAUGUCAAGGCGGGCUGGCAGUUAGCAAAACUUGUUCAUCCACAUAUGGUGAAGAACGGGGGAGGGAAUAUCGUGUUCAACGCGUCGGUUGGAGCUUAUAAAUCGCCUCCUGGAAUAGCUGCGUACGCUAUCACAAAGACGACUCUACUUGGUCUCACUAAGGCUCUGGCUAAUGGCUUAGCCAAAGACAACAUUCGUGUGAACGCAAUUGCACCUGGCGUAAUCAAGACAAAGAUGAGUGAAAUGCUGUGGGAUGGUAAUGGUGAUGAAGGCGAGAAACAGAUGGUAGAUACAAUGGAGGUCCCGUUAGGUCGACUUGGAAUACCAGAAGAGUGUGCUGGAGCAGUGGCGUUCCUUGUGUCAGAUGAUGCAAAUUAUAUCACUGGAGAAACGAUACUUAUAACAGGCGGAGUGCAUGCCAGAAUAUAA